AUGUCCACGCCGAACAACGCCGCCUACCUUGUGGCCACGGCCGCCCCUCUCCAGGUCAAGCCAGCCCCCUACCCUGUGCCCGCCCCUGACCAGGUGGUUGUCAAGACCAAGGCCCUCGCCAUAAAUCCUAUCGACCAUUUCGUCCAGAAACUAGGCCCGGACGUUUUCAAAUUCAUAGAACUGCCCGCAAUUCUUGGUUAUGAUGUGGCUGGGGAGGUACUUGAAGUUGGGUCCGGCGUGACAAGGUUUAGGCCCGGCGACCGUGUUGCUGGCCUUGCAGAGGCCGCCUUUCAACAAUACGUCCCUUUGGCUGAACACUUGACGACCGCCGUGCCUGAAUGCAUUACGUGGGAGCAGGCGGCCACGCUACCCAUGGCGGUCUCGGUCGCGACCAAAGCAUUAUUUGACCAUGACCUUCUUGGAAUGACCGUACCGAGCCUCGGGUCAGAUUCCUCUCAAACGAAACAAGAGACGGUUCUCAUCUGGGGCGGCUCCACGAGCGUGGGCAGCUGUGCAAUUCAGCUUGCCUCGGCAGCGGGGUAUGAGGUUGUUACCACAUCAUCACCACGCAACUUCGAAUAUGUCAAAGGUCUCGGUGCAAACCUUCUAGGCGCAUUCCAGGGGAAACAUGUAGCCGGGGCUCUUGCCAACGGCGGCAUGGAUCGCGAGACCUAUCCGCCGAUUGUCGACACAUGUGCCAAGGUUUUGCAGAGCUGUCAUGGAAAGAAGAUGGUGGCUAUGACAAUGGCGCCGCACUGGGGCCCAAACCAUGACGGCGUGCAGUGUAGAUCCGUUGGGCCGCUAAGGGGUUCUCAACAGCUGGCUGCGUCGAUAUUUCAUAAAUUCCUGCCGGAGGGUCUCUCUAAUGGGCAUUUCAAACCGAAGCCGGAACCUGCUGUUGUCGGCCAUGGCCUUGAGGCUGUGCAGGGGGCAAUGGAUGUUCUCAGAGCCGGUGUAUCAGCGAAGAAGAUUGUUGUCACUGUGUAG